UCUCGCCCGAGGGCCGCCUCUACCAAGUCGAGUAUGCUUUCAAGGCCAUAAACCAAGGCGGGCUUACGUCUGUAGCUGUUCGUGGGAAAGAUUCUGCAGUAAUCGUCACACAGAAGAAAGUACCUGACAAGUUACUGGAUUCCAACACAGUUACUCAUUUAUUCAAAAUCACUGAAAAUAUUGGCUGUGUGAUGACAGGAAUGACAGCUGACAGCAGAUCCCAGGUGCAGAGAGCCCGCUAUGAGGCUGCGAACUGGAAGUACAAGUAUGGCUAUGACAUCCCUGUGGAUAUGCUGUGUAAAAGGAUUGCAGAUAUUUCUCAGGUCUAUACGCAGAAUGCUGAAAUGAGGCCUCUUGGUUGCUGUAUGAUUUUGAUUGGUAUUGAUGAAGAACACGGCCCUCAGGUGUACAAGUGUGAUCCGGCAGGUUACUAUUGUGGAUUCAAGGCCACAGCUGCAGGAGUUAAACAGACAGAGUCAACCAGUUUUCUUGAAAAGAAAGUAAAGAAGAAAUUUGAUUGGACAUAUGAACAAACAGUAGAGACAGCAAUAACAUGCCUGUCUACUGUCCUGUCCAUUGAUUUCAAGCCUUCAGAAAUAGAAGUUGGUGUAGUUACAGUGGAAAAUCCUAAAUUCAGGAUCCUUACAGAAGCGGAGAUCGAUGUGCACCUUGUAGCUUUGGCAGAGAGAGACUAAUUAGCAUUUCCAUUUCCCUUGUCUGACCCUUCUGGCCAGGAUAUUUGGUGAAAAGAAAACACUUAUUAAUCGCUUUAGAUAAUGGGUGGAAAACAACGUUCACGGUAUAAUAGAUUUUACUCUGUACAAAUAAAACAGGUUUUUGAAA